GCCGUCGUGUCCAUGGCAACGGCGGCGGCGGCGGCGGCGGCUGAAUUGCUAAAGGGGGCGCCGUCGCCGCCGGGAGCUCGGAGCUAGGAGUAAACCGCGGCGGGGAGCGGGCUCCCUCUCGCGAUCGGCGGGGACAGCCAGUCCUGUGGAAAGAGGACGCGGUCCCGGACGCCUAGCAGCGCCCGGGAAGAGCAGGAACGGGGUGAAGGGCGGACAUGAGCGACCAGCCGAGUCCAAACUCAGGCCGCUAGGGGCGGACCCAGCAGCCUCGUAGCUCUCCUCGGAACCUCGGAAUCUAAGAGAUGGAGCCGAGUACCUGUAAGACCAGUGAAUCAAAGGAAGACUAUGUUGAGGAAGAGGAAUCUGACGAGUGUGUUAAAGAGGAAGUUACCAUCCCUUCUAACCAUUCUCAACAGACACUCUCUAAGGCUGCCUACAAGGAAUUUGAGAAUGGAGUUCCAUUAUCCAUUGUAGCCAAGAAAAUUCCAAAGAAAAUCAUAGCCCCAACUGACACAGAUGACUUAGAAGUUGGGAGGAGAAAGAGAAGGCGGAAACGCAGACCCCUGGCCAUCAACCUGACCAACUGCAAGUAUGAAAGUGUGCGUCGGGCAGCCCAAAUGUGUGGCCUGAAGGAGGUGGGGGAGGAUGAAGAGUGGACUGUGUACUGGACGGACUACUCUGUCUCACUGGAACGAGUCAUGGACAUGAAGAGGUUUCAGAAAAUCAACCACUUUCCUGGCAUGACAGAAAUCUGCCGCAAAGAUCUGCUGGCUCGUAACCUCAACCGCAUGCAGAAACUCUAUCCUACCGCGUACAACAUCUUCCCCCGCACCUGGUGCCUCCCCACAGACUAUGGGGACUUCCAGUCCUACGGUCGGCAGCGGAAAACCCGCACUUAUAUCUGUAAGCCAGACAGUGGCUGUCAGGGACGUGGCAUCUUCAUAACCCGCAAUCCCCGGGAGAUCAAGCCAGGAGAGCAUAUGAUCUGCCAGCAAUAUAUCUCCAAGCCCUUCCUUAUUGAUGGCCUCAAGUUUGACAUGCGAAUCUACGUCCUGAUCACGUCCUGUGACCCUCUUCGGAUCUUCAUGUAUGGGGAGGGCCUGGCUCGCUUUGCCACCAUGCCUUACAUGGAGCCCAGCCAUAGCAACCUGGAUAAUGUCUGUAUGCACCUGACCAACUAUGCUGUCAACAAACACAAUGAGAAUUUUGUCCGGGAUGAUGCCGUGGGUAGUAAGAGGAAGCUGUCGACACUCAAUGCCUGGCUGCGAGAGCACAACUAUGACCCCCAGGAGCUGUGGGGGGACAUCGAGGACAUCAUCAUCAAAACUAUCAUCUCGGCCCAUUCUGUUCUUCGCCACAACUACCGAACCUGUUUUCCCCAAUAUCUGAGUGGAGGUACAUGUGCCUGUUUUGAGAUCCUUGGUUUUGACAUCUUGCUGGACCACAAGCUGAAACCCUGGCUGCUGGAGGUAAACCAUUCUCCAAGCUUCACCACGGACUCACACCUCGAUCGAGAGGUGAAAGAUGCACUUCUCUGUGAUGCCAUGACCCUCGUCAACCUCCAGGGCUGUGACAAAAGGAAGGUGUUGGAGGAGGACAAGCGGCGAGUCAAACAGCGGCUUUUCCAAUGCAACCAACAGCCACGAGAAGCCAGGCGAGAACAAAUUGAGUCAUCCCAUGCAGCAAUGCUGGACCAGGAACGAUAUGAGGAUUCCCACCUGGGAGGAUACCGGCGGAUAUAUCCUGGGUCUGACACAGAGAAGUAUGCACCCUUCUUCAAGCACAAUGGCUCCCUCUUCCAGGAGACAGCUGCUUCCAAGGCCAGAGAGGAGUGUGCCAGGCAGCAGCUGGAAGAGAUCCGCCUAAAGCAGGAACAGCAGGAGACCUCAGGCACUAAGAGGCGAAAGGAAAACAAGGACCGGAACCAGGGUGAAUCAGCUGGGGAGAAGAGCCGAUUCAGGGCACAUCUCCGGAGCCUUUCCACCCACUUGGCUUACAGGAAUCGGAACAGGGAGAAAGAGCCGCUACCAGUAUACCUGGACACCAUGCAGCCUCAAGAAAUUGUGGAAGAGGAAGAGCUAGAGCGGAUGAAGGCCCUGCUACAAAGGGAGAAUCUCAUCCGAAGCCUGGGUAUCGUAGAGCAGCUCACCCGCAUGCUGCACCCCAGCCACCGGGGCCAGAAAAAACUUCAUGAGUGUCGGCCUAGAUUUCACCAGGACGGGCUGGGCAGUCAAGAACUGCAGUCUAUGAGUCUGGUCCCAUUGGUGUUCCUGAGAGGGGCUGCCACAGAACAGGGCCCUCCUCAUUUUCUGCAUCCAGUUCGGCCCCAUGAAUUGAUCCCCAGGAUCUUAGGGCCACUGUCAAGCAUGAAUGUCGCAAAUCCACAUCAUUCCCAGUGCCAUCUGCAGCCCAAGAACUUCAAUCAGAUAGGAGACCCAGCAGCCAUCGGCCCCUGUUCAUUGUUAAUGAAGAAAUCUGGGAGGCGCUAUUUUUCCAGUGCCAGAGUCAGGCUCACUAGCCAAGGCCAAGCCAGCAGAAGGCUAGAAGCCAUAAACCGAGCCCUGGCAGGAUCAGUGCCACCCACUUUAACCCCAAAGCAGGACUAUCUUCUGCAACCAGAAAGAGUAGCAAAUGACUCAUGGACCGAAUGCAUCUUGCCCUCCAUGGUAAACUCCGAACACAGAGCAGCCAAGGCCCGGGAUCUCACCAUCUGCCGUGCCUCUGCACCCGUGCUGCAGCCUUCCAGUGCACUCUUCAACAUCAGCCAGCACAGGUAAAAGCAGGAGGGAAGCCCAGCCCUAUCUCUCCUGGAAAACCCCCUCAGGUUUCCAAAGGGGCAAAAAGCCUUUAAUCUUUGCUAAAUUUAAGACUGCCACCACGUUCCGGUUUGAAAAGCCCCGGCCAGGAACCCUGCUUGCAUAAGGCAAAACACAAAGACACCAGGAAUUCCUCAGCACCUUAAGAUUAUCUUGGGAUCGGUAAAGACUACAAUAUGAAGAUGAGCCAAGGCCGGCCGCGUACUCAUCUCCGCCUGUCAAGCCUUAGCCUGGGUUUAUCGUUAGUUGGUGGGUCUGAACCCUGGGUACGGCCCGGGGCUGGAAGUCACCCCGGCCACAAGGAGUCCCUUUCCCAUUGGAGCCAAGUGCCUAAGGCACGGGGCUGUCGCCGUCAGGAAGACCGCAGAGGGUGGCGGUGACAGGCAGGCCUGGGCCGCCUGUGGAGAGGAAGGGCGGCUCUCGGCAGUGAAUCCGUCUUUUUAUUAAAGUUUAUGCCGUUUUC